UGCGCACACUGUCUCCACGUGAAAAUCUGCAUGCUGCAAGACUUACAAAUGUGAAAGUCACCGGCGUACUUUGUUACGUUGUGUUAUCAUCCUUUUGUAAAAUCUGAUCAAAUAUAAAAAUGUCUUGGCUGUUCGGCGUAAAAAGUCCACCUCAGCCAACUGUUGGGUUUCCCCAGGUUCCACCACCCCCUGGAGGUUCAGACGGUGACGAUGGCAACAAGAAACAUUCGAAAAUGGAAUAUUCAUUUGAUUCUUCGGCUUUGGAGAGAGCAGCAAAAGCAGCCAAGGAGUUGGAAAGUUCAAAGCAUGCUAAAGAUGCACUGGUACUUAUACAAGAACAAGAAAGAACUAAAGCUCUCGAAACACAGAAGCAAAUUAAGGAAUAUGAAGCUCAUUUGGAACAGCUAAAACUAGACCAAGUCAGGGUUUCAGGUGAAGAAAGGAGAAAAACACUAGUAGAGGAAACAAAGCAACAUCAGUAUAAAUCUCAAUAUGAUGACUCCUUGGCAAGAAAGCGAUAUGAGGAUCAGCUAGCCCAGCAGGCCCGCAUGAAUGAAGAAAAUCUAAGGAAACAAGAAGAAUCUGUUAAAAAGCAGGAAGCCCUUAGAAUAGCAACAAUGGAGAAAGAAGCUGAAAUUCGUCAUAAGCAUGAUAUGAUGAGAAUAGAAGCUGAAAUGAGAGGUAGAGCAAAGAUGGAGAGAGAAAAUAGAGACAUAAUUAAAGAACAGAUCAAGUUAAAAGCAGAGGAAGCCAGAAAGACAAAGAUUGAUUCAAUUAACACAUAUGGCCAAGUUUUAGGAACAGGCUUGUCUGCUUUUCUAAAUAACUGGAGUAUGAUAACGGCAUUUGCAGGUGGUGCAACUUUAGUAGUUGGGGGUUAUUAUGGAGUAAAGCACAGCUUUGGCUUAGUGUUUAGGUCUAUUGAAUCUAGGCUAGGGAAGCCAUCUUUGGUUAGAGAGACUUCUAGAUUUACUGUUGGAAGAGCCAUCAAACACCCAAUACAGACUGUCCAAAAUUUAAUAAGAAAACCAGAGGAUCCCCUUAAAGGCAUCAUUCUCAAGCCUUCAUUAGAAGAAAAGUUAAGAGAUAUAGCAAUAGCUACAAGACAUACAAAGAAGAAUAAUGGCCAUUUUAGAAAUAUCCUCAUGUAUGGUCCACCAGGAACAGGGAAGACCAUGUUUGCCAAGAGUUUGGCUAAACAUUCAGGAAUGCAUUAUGCUAUUAUGACUGGAGGUGAUGUAGCACCAAUGGGAAAAGAGGGAGUCACAGCAAUGCAUAAAGUGUUUGACUGGGCUCACACUAGUAGAAAAGGAGUGGUCUUAUUUGUUGAUGAAGCUGAUGCUUUUCUUAGGAAAAGAAGCACUGAAGUUAUUAGUGAAGAUAUGAGGGCAGCACUAAAUGCAUUCUUGUACAGAACUGGAGAACAAUCACAAAAGUUUAUGCUAGUACUUGCAAGUAACCAACCAGAACAGUUUGACUGGGCUAUCAAUGAUAGAGUGGAUGAAAUGGUUGAAUUUGAGAUUCCAACUAUUGAAGAAAGGGAAAGACUUAUAAGACACUAUUUCCAGAAGUUUAUUUUAGAACCUGCAACUGCUAAAUCUGGUCGAUUACGAGUAGCUGAAUUUGACUACGGAAAGAAAUGUCAAGACAUAGCAGAAAAAACAGAGGGUCUCUCUGGCAGAGAAAUAUCAAAACUGGGUGUUGCUUGGCAGGCCAAAGCUUACGCAUCUGAGAAAGGAAUCUUGACAGAGGAAAUGAUGGACGACAUUGUCAAUGAUGCUGUAGAACAACAUGCCAAGAAAGUUGCAUGGCAACAAGGGGAAGUAACCACAGAUGUUUUCUACAGAUCAAGUAAAGACAGGUCAAUGUCAAUUUUGCAGCCCACCACCCCGGCUUCUAAAGUGACAAAUAGCCCGUCUCAACAAACUCCACCAAAACAAACUGGCGGCGACAAAGUCUCCUAAUGUUAUUCAGUAAUAGUUUUUUAAAAAUUGUGUUUGUGAUGUUGAUCAGUCUUCUGUGUUCAGUCAAUCUGUUUUUACAGAAUUUUUUUCUUAUUAAACAGAUGGUUUACUGGUAUAUGAUGUAAAUAUUUUGUACCAAUUUGAAAAUAUGCUUGUAUGCAUUUGUGUGAGUAGUUUUAUUAUGCAACAUGGGACUGAGUGGAUGUGAUUAGAUUUUUUAUAACAUUCACAAAUACAUUGAUGGACAGAAGUAUUGUGAUAUCGGUUGCAAUUAUAUGCAACUUUAGAUUGCAGAAUAAAAAUUAUCAAUUAUG